UGAAUUAUUUGAGCUAAUAUUUUCGCGAAAUUUUCGCUAUCGGUUCACUGGAUUGACCUUUUUGUGCUUCUAUUUCAGCUCUUUUGAAACGAUUUUUAUUGUUGAAUUGCCCGAACUAGUCAUUGUUUUAAUUGAGAAUUAAAAAUGAAUUGUUUGUAGCUAAUAUUUUCGGGAAAUUUUCGCUAUCGGAGGAAUUAUGAAGAUAAUUCAGCUGUAGUUUCAAUAACAAAUUUUGAAGCUGACAAGAAAAAAUGACAAAUUUACUCCGCAACGCGAUCACCCUCGUGGUUGGAGCGUUGCUGAUGGACGCGUCAACCAGCCUCCCUGUUCUUGAAGCCAGAGAUCAAGUUCUUCCUUAUGGCAACACUGCCAAUCGUGAUGGAAACGCUGCUUAUAGUUAUGGCAACGCUGCUUAUCGGUAUGGCAACACUGCUUUUCGUUACGGCACGACUAACUAUCAUUAUGGCAACCCUGAUUAUCGAGGCGUCAACACUCCGUAUCGUAAUGGAAACAUUGCGUACCGUGUUGGCAACCCUGCUUAUCGUGAUGGCAACACUGCUUACCGUGAUGGCAACACUGCUUAUCAUGGUAGCAACACUGCCUAUCGUAAUUACAACACUGCUUAUCGUGAUGGCAUAACUGCUUAUCGUUAUGGCAACACUGCUUAUCGUAACGGCAAUACUGCUUAUAGUGAUGGUAACACUGCCCGUAGUGAUGGCAACACUGCAUAUCGUGACGGCAACUCUGCCUAUCGUGACGGCAAUUCUGCAUAUCGUGACGGCAACACUGUAUAUCGUGGUGUCAUCUCUGCAUAUCGUGACGGCAACACUGCUUAUCGUGACGGCAACUCUGCAAAUCGUGACGGCAACACUCCAUAUCGUGACGGCAACACUGUAUAUCGUGGUGUCAACUCAGCAUAUCGUGACGGUAACACUCCAUAUCGUGACGGCAACACUGCAUAUCGUGACGGCAACACUGCAUAUCGUGACGGCAACACUGCAAAUCGUGACGUCAAUUCUGCAUAUCGUGACGGCAACACUGCAUAUCGCGACGGCAACACUGCAUAUCGUGGUGUCAACUCUGCCUAUAGCGGGGUCAACAUAGCUUAUCGCCGUGGCAAAAAUGCUGAUUACGAUGGCAACUCUGCCGAUUAUGAUGGCAACUCUGCCGAUUAUGAUGGCAACUCUGCUGAUUAUGAUCGCACCUCUGCCGAUUAUGAUCGCAACUCUGCCGAUUACGAUGGUACCACUGCUGAUACCGAUGCCAAUAAAAAGAAUUAUGAUGGCAAUAGUACCGAUCGAGAUGUCAAGCUUAGCGAGAACGGUAACUCCUUCAUGGACUUCUUUCGUUCCCAGUUCUUCAAGAGCGUUGUGGCACCUAUGGUUCGAGAUGGCAUUAGACAGCAACUGAACCAAGACGUGUCGUCAGCCAAUGGUAUUCUGAAUAAUAUUAAAACUGAUCGCUGGGGCUAUUGGCCGGAGGACCGAGGCAGUUAUGGAUACAAUCCAUACUGGGUUGAUUACGCUCCAGCUCUGCCAAGAAAUGAUCACCUCAUGGAAAACCCUCAAGGGCGCUCCAUCAUUAAGGUUCCGGAAGGGUGUGCAAAAUGCUACCGCAUGGAUCACAUGGGGACCUGCAGGCUUGAUCCAGCGUGCGAGCAGCAAGAAGGUAUUCGAAAACUGGGGUUGAGUUCUUUGUUCCAGUUGGGCAAUAAACAAGCUUCCCCAAACAAAGUUAUUGCCUUCAAACCCAAUAUUUCUGGUCAGUCCACCCAGAACGUCGACGCCCGGGGCUUGAGUAUGGGAUCUAAACACCUUCCCCAAAGUCGAUCGUUGAAUGGCACGGAGCGUGCAGAAGAUGGAGUCUCAACAAAAGAUUCUUCUGGGGGAGAAGCAGCUGGAGAAAUUCAAGACGGUUAAGAAAAGGCGUUUCAUCCGAAAAAUGAUUCAACGAGAAAUAAUAUGAAAUUCCGGAUGAAAAAUUAUCCAAUAUUAAAGAAUUCUUCAAACAAAACAAGAGCCUUCAUCCGUAACUUUCAUCCGUUCAGCUAUUGCAGCAGAAAACAUCAAGUCACGACAUUUGAUGAAAUUGUGAAACCAAUCCGUCCUUGGAAAAUAGUUGGCCCUUCAAAUAUGAAUAUUUUCUUCAUCCAAUAAAUGCCGACAGUUUUAAGUUUUUGUUAGACAAUACCCAGUAGAUCCGCAAUAACCAGUAGGUCCUCUCACGUUUCUUUAUCUCGUACUAUUUGAUUUUAAAAUGUGUAAAGUUUUUGAUCUUAAUUUAACAGUAGAUAAGCGACAGGUUUUGUUAACCCGACGAGUUUUUUAAGGUUGUUAUUUGAUGCCACUUCUCUCUGAUAAAUUUCCGUUAUUUGAAACAACGCUAAAUAACUGAAAAUCUACACGAUUACAGGUAACUUGUAUGCAUACAAAUCUCACCUGUAGGAAAGCUUUAUUCUAUCUUUUACCUUACAAGGUUGGUCCCUCAUAAAUGUGCGACGUUUUAAUCUAUGAAUGUUAUUAUACCAUCUUAUUGAAUGUAUUUGGGCUCCACUCAAAUGUGAAUCAAGAAUACAAGAGAGUGAUUUUUUUACACAAGCCCUCGCUGUUUUUCACUUUCUUGUAUGUAUUGAUUUUCACGGUGACUAUUUUUUUGUUGGACAAUGAUUGUUUGUAUGUAAAGGACUUGAACAUUCA